AAAAACUUUUUAUCUUCAUUCUUAUGAUUUCAUAUAUUAUAUUUAACGCAGUAGAGCAAAAUGAACUCAGUAUCAAAUCGUGAUUUUAUGGAUGUACAUACGAUGCACCAGCAUCAGCCUCAUUGUAAGCAACAAUGUUUUGUUUUUACUGAAAUUUCAGACAUUGAGCUACCCGCGGAAAUAACAAAAUUUAGUGGCGGUGAAAAGAUAAGCAAUGGCAGCAUUCCAACAUUUAGCUGCAAAAAGGAUUCAUUUAGUGAGUCAUCUACCGACGGUCAACGUCACCAUUCUCGGGGACGCAAAAUACUUUUAGGUAUUGCAUUAGCGUUAGCCUGUAUUGCAAUGGCUGGAGGGAUACCAUUGGCUCUGCAGCUCCGGUCAUCUUCCUUACUGGAAGCACGUCUAUCCUUUAUUAGGCGGCUUUUGACCGAAUCUCCUCUGAUUGAGGGAGCUUGGAAGCCUUCAUCUAGCAUGAAUUAUACGAGCAGUAUGGCGGAAAUUCGCAAAAACAAUAUUGGAGCUGUGCUGUGGCCUAUAUCAGUUGCGUGUGGAGCUCAGUAUUUAGACGCAGUUCAGCUGGCAUUGGAGGGAAUUGAUGAGGCGAAACGCAUUACAGCCUCACUAGAAUCGAUGCAUAUUGUAGAGUCGGCUGAUGAAAUGGAGCAGACCCAUAUUAGAGGAGAUGUCGCUGUUUUGUUGGGAAUUGGCGGUGGUCAUGCGCUUGGCAGCAGCUUGGCAGUUCUGCGUUCAAUGUUUUUGUUAGGAGCACGAUUUGUCUCGGUCACUAGCAUAGAAUGCACAACACCGUGGGCCGCCGCCGCCAUGCGUACAAAUGACUACCUUAUUGAGGAGAACGCAACCAAUUCACUCAAUUAUUUCGGCAAGGCGGUUUUGUACGAAAUGAACCGAUUGGGCAUGUUAGUGGAGAUCUCCCAACUCAGCGAAUCAGCUAUGAUUAUUGCUUUGCGUACCACUAAAGCUCCAGUCCUUUUUAUGAACUCUGCACCGGUUUCCAUUUGCAACGCAACAAAUGUUGCUUCUAUACCGGACCACGUGUUAAGUUUACUACCUGAAAAUGGUGGUGUAGUUCUUCUCAACCUAGAGCGCUGCGGAGAUCGAGUGCUUAGUGUGAGGGAAGCUAUUAACGCUAUUAACUAUGUGCGGAAGAUUGCUGGUGUGGAUCAUGUUGGUCUUGGAGGAGCGCCAAAAAGCUACGCUUUCUUAUUGGCUGAACUUGCGCGGGAUCGAGUAUGGGGCAAUGCGUCCAUCAAAAAGCUAGUUGGUGGCAAUGUUGUACGAGUACUACGUGAAAUUGAAACCUUGAGCCGUUUGCCGUUGCAUGAGGAAUGGAUUACCAAUGAAUUGAUUGAACGAAAUUCUUAUUGCCGCUACCCAGAGUUUUAAACUUUUAUUCUGAAAUUUUGCAUAAGGAAAAACACUCAUUUUAGUAAAAUAUUACUCUUGAUUAGUACACUUA